AUAAAAUCACACAAGACAUUGUCCACUAUUGUUUAAACAAAUCCCAGCAGCCAAAAAAUAAAGAAGAAAUUAAUUUUAUUUAAAACAAAAUUCUGAUUUUUCCUUCAGUCAAACCAAAACCCCCAACUAAGAAUAUUUUUUUUCCCCUUAAUAAAUACUGACAUCAAUCCCUUCCAAUUUCCAAAUCCCAUCUUCGCCUUCCUUCUUCAUCAAUUUCUAAAUUUCCCAACCCAAAUUCAAACACACACACACAUACCUCCAUAAUUUCUUCAUAUUCACAUGGCAGCUAAGAGAAUUAGAGAACAAUUUGAAGCUUCCGAUAUCGCUAAAUCCCUAACGCUUCUUUCUUAUGGAAUUCAAGAAUCAUCAGACCUUAAAUUUCAACCCCAAAACGCUGCCGUUUUCGAGUGUAAAACCUGCAACCGCCAGUUCCCGUCUUUUCAAGCUCUCGGCGGCCACCGUGCCAGUCACAAGCGGCCACGGACAUCGGUGGAAGAGCCGAAAGACACGGCGGAUUUAAAACAGAAAAUUCACGAGUGUGGUCUGUGCGGGCAGGAGUUCUCUUCCGGACAGGCCCUCGGCGGACACAUGAGACGGCACCGGGUGCCGCCGUUAGCAGUGGCGGUGGCAGAGAAGAUUCCGGUGUUGAAGAGGUCUGGGAGUACGAGAGUUAUGUGUUUGGAUUUGGACCUUAAUUUGACGCCAUUGGAGAACGACUUGAAAUUGCUCUUUGGAAAAAUGGCCCCAGCCGUUAAUCUCGUUCUUUGAUUUUAGGUUCUUUUUUUUUUUUUCCUUUUUCGAUUCUUUCAUUUGUUGUAAUCUAUAUACAUUAAAAAA